AUGAAGCGCGCCAUCCCCUCGCGCCAGGCCCUCCGACACCUCGCGCGCCUCUGCAACGAACCCAUCCGAAGCGCACGAGCGCCUCUCUGCACAGUCUCUCGCCAGACACAUCCAGCAGCACAGCUACGCAGCACGCCACCGCAGCCCUCUCGCACCCUCAGCACAUCCGCCCCAUCACGGCAAGAACCCCCAACAACCACCACCACCACCACCUCCUCCGCCAACGAAACCACCAACAUCGCCCCCCCACCCCUCCCGGACACCACCUCAUACUACACGCUCUUCCCUUCAACCCUCCCGCAAGGCCCCCCCCCAAGCGGGCCCUUCGCGAUCCCCCUGCCGGCCCUCCGCAGGGAAUACCUCUCCCUACAAUCGACGCACCACCCGGACAAAUUCCCCGCCUCGUCCCCCUUGCACAAACAGUCACUGGGCCUGUCGGCGCUGCUCAAUACAGCCUACAAGACACUGUCGAGCCCGCUGCUGCGCGCCCAGUACCUGCUGCUGCAUCGGCACGACAUCGAUGUUUCCUCCGAGGACAACAGCCAGAAUAUCACGGAUCAGGGCACGCUGAUGGAGGUGAUGGAGGCGCAGGAGGCGGUCGAGGAGGCGGCGAACGAAGAUGAGAUCGCGGCGUUGAAGGAGGAGAAUAAUGAGCGCGUUUGGGCUACUGUGCAGAAGAUGGGAGACGCCUUUGAGAGGGAAGACGUGGAGGAGGCGAAAAAGGAGUGUUUGCGGCUGAAGUAUUGGGAAAGUCUCGGGCAGGUCUUGCAUGAUUGGGAGCCAGGGAAGGAAGUCAGGUUGGUUCACUAA